GCGAACUUUCAAUGUAUAUGGCAACCAUGGCGUCAACAAGUCACGGUUUGUCUGUGUGGGCAAAUGCCUGUGUGAAAAACCCAAUUAAUCCUAAAACUGGAUUGAGUUCGACGCUUCCAGAGAGGUCAAGGAUUUCCAUUCGUUUUGAUGAUGCUCUUAAUGAAGUUGAAAGAGCCCGUUUGUUAAAUGCGACUGUCUCAGGUGACGGUCGUGACUGGGCCCGUGAAUCUUUGGAGGGAAAAGAUGUCAAUUCGAGAUUACAAGCUGCAACAGAACAAGAGUUCUAUGAAAAACUGCAGCAACUUAAAGAGGAAAAUAGAAAGACUAUCGAAGCAUAUGAUAAACUUUACAAAGAAAAGAUUCUUUUGGAAGGAAUUCAAAGGGGGCAGACCACCACUUUUCAGCCUGAUAAAUCUGGUGUUGACAGAGAGGUUGAAAAUAAUGUUCUUGGUCUUGAUGGAAGCAAUGCUAGGAACAGUGGGCCUGUUACAAAGAAACCUCCACCUGGUAAACCAUGCAUUUCUACAUCCAAUGCACCAAUAUUCAGUCGGACGGUGACACAUCGCUCCGAUACUGCCAUCAAGUCAGAGCAACCGCCCCUUGUGAGAUCUAGAAGCCUUGAUGAAGGAGACUUGAAAUUAGAUGGUCUUCCUGUCAUGGGAAGUAAAGACAGUGAUGAUUUUCUUAUUCAAGAGGGCAACAUGUCUGAGUAUGAAAAGGCUCUAGAGAAAGUAGACAAGCUAUGGGAGGAUUUUAAGAUAUCUGAGUACACACAACGAAGACAUUCUUUUUCUUCUAAUGAGCGAAAAAGAGACAUAGAAAAGAAAGAGAAAGAAUGGAGGCAUAGAAUAACCAUACCACAGCCAUUUAGUAUGUCUAUAAGGGAGGCCUUGAAAGAUAAGAAAAAAACAAAGGCACAAGUAGAUCUUGAAAUCAGACGUCUUGAAAAGCAAAGACUCGAAGAAGAAGAAUGUGCAAAGAAGUUCAAGGCUCAGCCAGUGCCAUCGCAUGUUUAUUUACCCCUGUAUGAAGAAAUCAUGGAAAAAAAUGAAACUAGGCGCAAGUAUGCUAAAGAGUACUGCCAAGACUUACUGAAAUCUCAAGUGAAGCCUUUUAAUUUUGAAAUAAGAGAACAGGAGAAAAAAGCGCAAAGGGUGCAGUCUGCUCCUGUCAAGAGACCUGAGAAAAAAGUGAAGACAACUUUCAAAGCAAAACCAGUGCCAAAGAAUGUCUUCAACACUGAUGUUGAUGAAAAACUAAUGGAGGAUGAAGAAUUGCGAAAAAUUCGGGUUAGAAUGAGGGCAAAGGAGCUUCUUAGAGAGUCAUCUCUUCCUCCAAAUAUGGCAGCUCGGGAAAAGUUAAAGGAGCAGCAAAAGAAAGAGGAGGCAAGAAAAGCAAAAAAAAACGGAAUGAAAAAACAACGGCCAAGAAGUGCACAUGUUGUGCCAGACUAUGAUUUGCUCUACAGAGAAUUUCAAAAAGAACUUGCCCGUCGCAAGACCAUGAGAGAAGGAACUGUUGUCGAACCUUUUGAGCUUGAGACUGCAAGAAUUAGACAAUCUAGUCAAGAAAAAAUUCAACAUGACAUAGAGGAGGAUGAACGGCGCCUAAGAGAAGGACGUUGGCCAUUCUCCGGUUCAAGGACAACACCAAGAAGUUCAAUGAAGUAUCUAGGUGCCCUGUCAACCUCGCUGGACUCCAUACCAACUAGCUCAACAAAAGCUGCUCAGCUGAGGACGACUGUGGUUCAAAAAGAGAAAGAAAAAUCAAAGAAUCGCCAGAAAGAAGAGGAAGAGUCUGAGAGGAGGAGAAAGGCAAGAGAAGCAAGGUUGAGACGCUAUUUGAAUGAAAAAACAAGCAGUGAUGAGAUGCCUCACCCAAGGGAGUCGAUUGCCACAAGGUUGAAGCGAAUGAAGCAAGAUGAUCGGGCAAGACAGGAGGCUUAUCAGAGAGAGAUUCAGGAAAUGAGGGCUCGGGUAGAGCAAUCUCCACUGUUGGUGGAAAAGUUCAUGGCUGAAAAUGCCAAGAAGGAAGCAGAGAAAAAAUUCAGCACUACAGUACGCCAAGCAGGAUUCAGCGACGCAGAAUUUAGUUCAGGGCAGAAGUCGGGCUCGUCUAGCUUCAGACAUGAAGAUGAGGACCAGUUCGGUACAGGAAGUGCUGACCUCACAUACACAAAAGGAACAGAUGAGGAUGAAUAUGAAGAGGAACAGUAACAAUAACCAGGGCUUUAAAAUAGAUAACACAUGAGCUGAGAUAAGAGUAAGCUACAGAGCAAUCUGUUUUAUCAGCUUCAAUAUUCAACACACCCCACCGAGUUGUCUGUUGCAUUUGGCAGCUGCUCGUGACAGUCACACCUCUACUCGGAGAACAGGCCCUCUUAUUUUCAGAAAGCCAACGCGCAAGAAUUUAGAUAAAACGCACAAGAAACGAAUUGACUGCAAAUUGUUCUGACCGUUCUAAGUUUAGAAAGCAGAAUUUUUAAGAACAUGAAACAAUGCCACAGCUUGAGAAGUCAUGCAGAUUCUACAACAUGAACUUUGAAUCUGGCCUAAAAUAUGACUGCUCCACAUAUUUCCCAGAUAGGUAACAAUAAUUACUGCUUGGUUUACUCUCAGGGUGAUUUUUUUUGCUUAUUCCCAUCCUAGGGGUGCAAUGAUAUUGCAAAUUUUAGAAACUUUUCUCUGUUAAAAUUUUUCUUACAUUUCAUAAUGAUAAUGGUCAGAGACAGAAGUAUCUCAUUGAAUUGUUUAAAAAAUCUUGUUGUCUUCACAGUUCCAUAACUCAGUUUGUUCCUUGUUGGCUUAGAAUGCAUAAUACCAUCUAAGGUGCUUAGGUCCAAGUUCAUGUGUGAAGUAACCUACUUCUUUUUUUUGUUAAUACACUACUUGUUAUUUAUAUUGUUUCUGUACAAAGGUUUUGACAAAUCGUUUUUUUUUGCAAAUGAUUUUUAUUGAAUUGUGAUAUCCUUUUUAAAAAAAAAACUAUAUGAUGGCUUACACAAUAAAUGUAGUGUUCAUGUACAUAUAAUUCUGUGUAUUAUUUUGUAAGCAAGUUAUCACUUGCAUCAAUCAUGUCACAUUUGUCAGCACAAAGAUGAGAACUUGUCUGCACUGUGGAUUGGUUAGUUGUGUGUGGUUCCUCUUAUCAAGUGUCACAGACGAGGGAAAAGUCGUGACACGUGUAAGUGUUGUCUUAAUACUUGCUUCUGUCUGAUCGCAGAUGCAUGCGUUUUUAGUCUGCCGUCUGUCUAUUCGACCUCUUCCAGAAUGGGAAGAUAUUUGUGCUGUGUGUGAUUGUCUUGGCUCUCAGCACAGACAGUUCUUUUGUUUAGUCAGGACAAUCCCCUUUGUUUUGAUAUUAGUUUGAAAAUUGGUGAAGUAUCGGUACCUUGCCCUUGAGUUACCCUUGCCCUGUUCUACCUAGCUUAAAUACUACAUCUGACCUUACUUGAAAUGACGUCAUGAGGUUGUUGAAAAAACAUACACUUAUACUUAAAAGUUGUCUGAUUGGUUUUCCACUGUUUUGAAUAUGGGUAGGGAAUGCAAAAAAGACAUCGUUGUAUCUGACAAUCAAUGUAUAUCGGACCUUUCUAGUGGGUCAGGCUAAAUACUGUUGCUCAAAGCUUAAUUUUUAGGCAGAAAUUCUGCUGCUGCUGUUCUUAAUAAUCUAUUGAAAUGUUACUUCUGUAAUAUUUUCUACCCUCUGAGCCCUAGCCAUCGGUAAACCGGUACGAUAGCUCGUAAAAUUGCCUGUAUGCCUAGCCACUGGUUCACUGGUUAGUGAGACUCUAUCCACAACGCGGCCGGUUUGGGACAACAAAAUGUGCACAGAAACAGUGUUUACUGCUCAGGAUGUUACUGAUUAUUUUGAAGAUCUUUCUGAAUUAGAUACUGGUAAUGACGAAGACUACCCUUAGUGUGGUAUGGAAUGUGAUUCUGGUGAUAUGAAAGUGAGUAAUAUAGGUGUGAAUCGCUCAGGAGAGGUAGCCUUGGGAGGUCAGUGCUCAAAGGGUUAAGGGGCAAAAUGUGAGAAUGAAAUUCUGAAGAGUACAAGUACAAUGCCUCAAAUGCUCAAAGUAUGUUAUUAUCAAGCACAUUCCACUUUCAGCUUCCUAGAUUGUGUCUUUUACAAAGUCCAUGGCUCUCCGACAUGAGAACUAAAAAUGGGGUAUAAAUAGUUCUCCUGCACAAGUGCCCUUAACUUUGUUACUCGUGUGUGAAUGAGCUGCAAAAAUCUUUUGCACUUUCUGUUGCAGUGUUUUACUGCAUCGACUCACCUUUUUAUUGUAUUUCACAUAAUUUGACAACUUAUCGUACAGAUUCAUAUACCGUGAAGCUGAUAUAACUUAUACUUAUUACUUAUAGACAUAUUUCUGGUUUUUAUUUCUACAAUUUCAUUGAUGAAGACUACCAUUUCAAUGUAAAUUGGGAGACAUUUUCAUAACUGUUUGAAAUAUAUUUCCAUGUUUGUUCAGAAUACUUUCUUGUGAUAAUAUUGUAUUGUAAGAGUAAUUGUACUGUAUUCUUGUUAUUGCAUAGAAUCUACUGAAAGUUCAGCAGUCAAAUCUUUGCUAGAAGUUCUUGAUUACUGAGUGAUUAAAUGAAAGACAUUUUAUACAACUGCAUAUUAACAUAUAAAGUAAGUAAGGCAUUCUUUUUUCUCGUUAACUCAGUCAUUUUACUUAUCAACAUUAUAUUAUUCUUUAGUUUCUAAUAGUUAUAAAAAUACUUACUGAAUAAAAUCUGAAUACAAAAUA